AAAAUCUAGAAAAAGUUUGCAGUUAACGUGAGAUCUAGCAAGUCCUUAUUUCCCUUAUUCAAUUCAAAGUUUAUAAAAAGAAAACCACGAUGUUUGUUUCUCGACCAAUCAUCUCACGCUUCAUGCAACAGACAGUGCGGCGCUACCACGGCGGGCACGACUUCAAGCCGGCCACCAUGGACGAGCUGCCGGUGCCGCGCGGCUCGUGGCAGGCGGCCUACGACGCCAAGCAGCGCAAGUACAACGCCGUGCUCGCGCUCGGGCUCGUCUUCACCGUCGGCACCAUCGCCCUUGCUAAGGCAAGUGGACUGGUGUACCUCAACUACUCUCCCCCCAAGUCCCUGGACUAAGCGCUUGAUGGCAACAAACUAGUAAAGAAAUAGUUCAACCUUUGCAAUAUACCCAAAAUCAAGUACUAGAUAGUAUGAUAUUGAUGAAGGCUGAACUAUUUACUAAAUCCAUAAAUUAAUUACUUAGGCUAUAACAAUAAAUGCUGUGAAACAUC